AUGACGUCUAGGAAAAGGUCUCCGCACGAUUUCAUAUUUAAAGAAGAACUGGGCCAUGGCUCUUACUCCACUGUGUUUAAAGCUUUGGAUAAAAAAAGCCCGAAUAAAACCUACGCCAUUAAAGUUUGUUCAAAGAAGCACAUAAUCAAAGAAGCUAAGGUGAAAUAUGUUACUAUUGAAAAGAAUACCAUGAAUUUGCUGGCGCAAAAGCAUCAUGCUGGCAUAAUCAAACUAUAUUACACUUUUCACGAUGAGGAGAAUCUUUAUUUUGUUUUAGAUUUUGCCCCAGGUGGAGAAUUACUUUCCUUAUUGCACAGAAUGGGUACGUUUAAUGACGUAUGGACGCGCCACUUCACCGUUCAAUUAAUCGACGCAUUAGAAUUUAUUCAUUCACACGGCAUCAUUCAUAGAGAUCUGAAGCCAGAGAAUGUUCUUUUGGAUAGAGACGGUAGACUUAUGAUCACUGAUUUUGGUGCCGCUGCCACCAUAGACUCUGGUUUGAGCGAUGAUUCGACGAAAUAUAAAUCUGAUGACAACUGCCCAAAUGACAAUCAAAAUUGCGCUUCUUUUGUGGGAACUGCUGAGUAUGUUUCUCCAGAACUGCUUUUAUAUAAUCAAUGCGGUUAUGGCUCAGAUAUAUGGGCUUUAGGUUGUAUGAUAUUUCAGUUCGUUCAAGGACAUCCGCCUUUUAGAGGGGAAAAUGAGUUGAAAACCUUUGAAAAAAUUGUAGCAUUAGAUUAUCCAUGGGGUCCCAACAACCGCAUCAAUAUUAGCGUGUCAUCAGUGAAUCCUCUAGUAAUAAACUUGGUGCAAAAAAUUUUGGUGGUAGGGGUCAAUGAGAGAAUUUCUCUCAAACUGAUAAAAAGACACUCAUAUUUUUCCAAGAUAGACUGGAAUGAUAAAGCUAAGAUAUGGAGAGGUAUUUGGCAAAAUUCGCAAGGACAAUCAAUACCACAGACUUCUGGGACGCUCCCUAAUUCACCACAGAAUAUACUACCCUCUAGACAAUUACAUAUAAUUGAUACCCCAGCACGAAGUAUACAAAUCACUAAACAAAAACGUAAAAAACCAACGAAAAUUUCCAACACUACUAGCAGCAUCGUAGUAUGGAGGAAAAGGCUUGGUAUUUCAACAGGUAAAGAUGAUUUAGGUACCGUCCCGUCCGCCGGUCCUACAAUGAUUACUGCUAGUGAUAGCAACAUAUCAACUUCUACACGGGCACAUUCUGCCCCGAAUGUUAAUUCGCCGCAAAAUUCACAAUCUAAUCAGGCCAAGCGAAUGCAACCGGUCGUCCCAAAUAGAAUUCCUCCUAAAGUACCGGUAGUCAAUGUUAACAUGAGAAAUAUGUCAACUCCACCAUCAAAAUCUGCUAAUCCGCCAUCAAAACCUGUUAAUCCGCCUUCGCGAACACCACCGAUACCGCCACAGUUUUCAUCAGCAUCAGCAUCAGCAUCAGCAUCAGUACCAGCAUCAGCAGCUCUAUUAGAAUCAUCAAUAGAGACACAGCACCAGGAUGCAAUGCAAACGCUGGAUGGAAACAGUAAUACUGAUAUCCAUAUCUUGAAACAAGACUAUGUCUUUAUUUAUGGAAUUCCGUAUGAGCAUGAAGGACCUGCCAUGUCCUUGAACAGCUACAAUAAGAUUGAUAAUGACUUAAUAACAUCACUAGUUUCUCAACAUAAGGAGGAACUAAAGAUUUCUGAGCUGUUUUUACAGCUAUUAACUCUAAAAAAAAAUGGAAUGCUAAGUUACAAAAAUACAGACAUGGAAGAAAAUGAAAGUCGACAAAAUGAAGAACACCAAAUGGCUAAUAUAGAAGAUACAGACUUGUCUAUGUACGAUUUUGAAUUCAACGAAUUGACAAGAAAAGGAUUCUUAAUCCUAGAGAAAUACAAAAAAAAGUUAUGGUUUAUCUCACUACCAUCAUAUUCAUUGUUAUCUAAAAUACCAUUUAAUGCUGUUAAAUCUUUGACAGUAAACAACAACGAAAAUUGGGUAGAUUGCUUUUUCAGAGCAAGACAACUCCUAGAGGAAAAGCAAAUUCUUGAUAGAAUCAGUAAUGUUUCCUUUGAUAGCAAAGUAUCUACUGAAACAUCAUCAUCCCCAUCCAUCUCAAGAAAAGAACAUACAGCUAGUAUAGGUAAUAUUGUAGCGCCACCCAAUCACAAUUCAAAACACGAGAUCCAGAAUAAUGUAUCGCAAAAUAAGAAUAUCGGGGAAGAAAUACCUUUUCACAUACCUAAUAGUGUUAAAAACAAGCCUACUGCAAAUUCUGCUCCUUCCUUCAAACAACCUAGGGUUUUGUCAGGCAAUAACUUAAGUAGAACUUCAAAAAAAACGAAUGGAGGGGUACCAAAUAGUGCUCCUGCUGUCAAUACGUUUAAUAAUAGUACCGUGCCAGUUCCCAACCAUCGGCCUUCUGCUAAUCUAACAAACAACAAACAUAAUCUUGCAACAUCGAAGAAGCAGAGUCCAUCCACGUUCUCUACUUUAUCUCCUACAACCAAGUCUCAAAUCAAAACAACGGGAUAUCGACAAUCUACACCAUCGCCACCACUUCCACCUAUGGAAUUUACAGCUAUGAGAGAGAAAUAUUGUGCACCUUCUAACAUGGUGAUUAGUAGCAGCAGAUAUGAGGUGUUGCAUACCCUCAAUAACAGCCAGACAAAUUUUGAUAGGGAGAUCGCUAGCAGAGGUGCCUCAGCUGCAUUUAGAAGUUUACAAAAGAGUAAAAAGAAAAAAUAG